AUGGCCGCCAAAGAAGACUACAAGUUCGCAGGAUGGAUGGGCAUUGACAAGGAGUCUGCCAAGGGCAACAUGGUCUGGCAAGAGUUCCCCGAUGACCGCAAGCCUUUUGAGGAGACCGAUGUCGAUAUCCAAAUUACUCACUCUGGUAUCUGUGGUUCCGACUUGCACACUCUUCGCUCCGGAUGGGGACCAACCCCCUACCCAGUUUGUGUAGGCCACGAAAUCGUUGGCAAGGCCGUCCGUGUCGGCUCCAAGGUCGAGAAGGGUAUCAAGGUCGGCGAUCGCGUUGGAGUUGGCGCCCAGAAUCUCAGUUGCUUGAAGCCAGACUGUGAGGAGUGUUCUUCCGGCCUGGAGAACCACUGCACGCAGACUACCAACACCUUCGCCGGCAAGUACCCGGACGGCUCUACUUCGUACGGAGGAUACGCCGACUACCACCGUGCACCAAGUCACUUCGUGUUCAAGAUCCCAGAGGGAAUCGACAGYGCUGAUGCCGCUCCCAUGCUUUGUGGAGGCAUUACGGUCUAUAGUCCAUUGAAGAACAACGACUGCGGUCCAGGCAAGAAGGUCGGUAUUAUCGGAGUCGGAGGUUUGGGACAUUUCGGUGUUCUCUACGCGAAAGCCCUUGGAGCCGACAAAGUUGUUGGUAUCUCACGCCGCAACGACAAGAGGGAGGAUGUCCUGAAGAUGGGAGCUGAUGAGUACAUCGCGACCGAGGAGGACAAGGACUGGGCCAAGAAGCACUCCCGUUCGCUCGACUUGAUCAUCUGCACGGUGUCUAGCCCAUCGAUGCCUCUCAUGCAAUACCUCCAGCUGCUCCGCGUGAAGGGAACCUUCAUCCAGGUCGGUGCUCCAGAGGACAAACUUCCCGACAUGAACGCUUUCGCUUUCAUCGCCAAGGGUGUCAAGUUCGGGGGUAGCAUGAUUGGCCCACCAGCCCAGAUCGAGGAGAUGUUGAAGUUCACCGCCGAGAAGAACGUCAAGCCUUGGAUCAACAAGUACUCCAUGAAGGAGGCCAACAAGGCGAUUGUGGACUUUGAGGCUGGCAAGGCCCGCUACAGAAUCAGUCUGGUAAACGAGCACUUCUUGUAG